AUGAAGGUGCUAGCUACCCUGAUAGUAUCGACGCUGCUUUCAGGUCAAGUCUUUGCACAGCAAGAUUUCCUGAGUCGACUACCUCCCUGUGCUGCUCGGUGUUUUUCAUCAAAUGUACCACAGUCCUGCCCAGCUGGCGACUUUGACUGUAUUUGUGCAGAUACAACCUUCAUGACAACGUUUACUGCCUGCAAUGCUGGCAGAUGCUCGGUAGUCUCGAUGCUGCAAGCCACCAACGAGACAUACGCCGCUUGUGGAAUCCCCGUUCGUGACAAGACCAAGACUCUGAUCGGACCAGUCGCAUCUCUUGGGAGUCUAGCGUUAGUGAUGGUGGCGAUGCGGCUAACCGACCGUGCUGUAUCUGCACAUGCGCAGCUCGGCUGGGAUGACUUGUUGAUUGGUUUUUCUGGCGCUGUCUCUAUUGGUAUGAAUGUGCCUGUCAUCGUCGCUGCGAGCCUUGGGUUUGGGAGGGACAUGUGGGGUAUACCUGCCCACAACAUAACCGAGAGUCUGAAGUGGCUCUACGUUGCCUACUUCAUGUACAUGCUUGCGGAAGCAUUAUGCCAGAUAUCGAUUCUCGCCUUCUACCUACGCAUUAUGGUCAAGCCCAGAUUGCGUACAAUCGUCUGGACCCUUCUGGGUGUGGUCGUAUGUUUCGGUAUCGCGAAUGUAUUCACCAUGGUCUUCCAAUGUACACCCAUUCCCUUCUUUUGGGAUGGUUGGAGGGGAGAGAUGACAGGCUUCUGCGGUGUCGACGUUCGUUUGUUCGGAUUUGCAAGAGGAGCAAUCGAGAUCUUUUUAGAUCUGGCAAUACUGACGCUCCCGCUACCAAUGCUCGCGAAACUAAAUAUGUCCCCCAAGAAAAAGCUUCAGAUCAUGUCCAUGUUUUGCAUUGGCUUCAUCAUCACCGUCGUAAGCUGUCUUCGAUUGUGGUCGUUUGUUCAGUUUGCACACACAACCAACCCCACUUAUGACAAUGUUUCCGGACUUUACUGGUGUGCAACGGAGUCGAACCUCUUCACCGUCGUCGCAUGUAUGCCGGCGUUGCACGCAAUCUUCCACAAGGCUUUGCGUAAAGUUCGAGGCAUAAGUACCUAUGCGAGCCAUGGUCAGUAUGCCAGUGAAGGACCCAGCAAGGGCUCGUAUUUGCGACACAACACAGAUCAACGCAGAAACCCAGUGCCCUUUGGUGCAAUCAAGAAGGCGACAGAUGUCACCAUUUACCGAACAGAACGAUCGGGCUCCGAUGUAGAGCUGGUAGAAAACAGGCCGAUAUGA